AUGAGUCUGAAGCACCUCACACGCAGUGCUGCUGUAGCAUGGUGCCCGCUGGGGCCCUGGGGCUUGGAUGCCUCCCCCGAUAGCAGCAACAGCAACAGCAACAGCAACAGCAGCAGCAGCAGCAGCAGCGGGAGAGGGACGCAGCUGCUGGCCCUGGGUACUAUGGGGGUUGACCCUCGUCUAGAGUUUGCUUCUGUAGAUUUAUCUUCUGCUGCUCCUUCGCUUCCUGUUGUCGCAUGCGUUGCUGCCCCAGCCCCGUUUCAAUGUAUUGCAUGCGCUGCAGCAGCAGAUGCAGCAGCAACUGUUGGGCCCCUUGUUGCUGGAGGAAUGUCUGAGGGAGAAGUCACCCUAUGGAGUGCAGCAGAAAUACUCAGGGAGCGGCUAUCUGCAUCUCCAGACGCCAGUUGUUUACCUUCAUCAUCCUCAUCAUCGCCCAGCAGCAGCAGCAGCAACAGCAGCAGCAGCAGCAGCAGGAGUUUGCUGCAGACAAUAAGCGUAGAGAAGGGGCAGCGGGUUCAAGCGCUGCAGUUUAAUCCUCUUAAACCCUCUCUUCUUGCUGCUGGCUGCAGCGGAGGAGGUCUUUCAAUCUUAGACUGCGAGCUGCCGUCACAAGCUCUCGCGCAUAAACCAGCUGAAGAAGACAGCGAGUGCAGCUGUCUGAGCUGGAACCCGUCUGUAGCGCACAUCAUCGCCACCGGCACAGCCAACGGCCAAACCGUCGUCUGGGACCUCAAACAAAGAAAGCACGCUAUCAGGUCUGCUGCUGCUGCUCCUGCUGCUGAUGAUGCUCCUGCUGUUUGGGCUGCUGCUGCUGCUGCUGUUUGGGCUGCUGCUGAUGCUGCUGCUGUUUGGGCUGCUGCUGCUGCUGUUGCUUAUGAUGAUGGUGUUUGUGAUGCUGUUGCUGAUGAUGAUGAUGUUUGUGAUGCUGUUGCUGAUGAUGAUGCUGUUGUUGGUGCUGCUGUUGCUGCCGAUGAUGAUGCUGUUGUUGGUGCUGCUGUUGUUGCUGCUGUUGCUGCUGCUGCUGAUGAUGAUAAUGCUGAUGGUGAUGAAGGUGCUGCUGCUGUUGCUGCCAAGCUGCUGCUGCACCAGCGCUUCUGCGACCCUCAGCACCGCUACUCGCGGCCAAGUGCUGUUCUUUGGCUGCCGACGCAACCAACGCAGUUGCUGCUGACGUAUGAUGAUGAUAGAAAGCCAGCGCCUCAGCUAUGGGAUCUGCGCAAUGCUGCAUUCCCUUUGAAAGAGGCAUCUCCGGUGUCUCCGUUUGGCCACACGAGAGGCAUUGUCUCUGCUUCACUCUGCCCUGCAGAUUCGCGCAUGGUUUUGACGUGCGGACGAGACAGCCGUCUUGUGUGUUGGUGGUUGCCGGAGGAGUCUGCUGCAGCGCAGCAGCAGCAGCAGCAGCAUAGCAGCGGCAUUGAAGUAUUCCUGCAGCAGCAGGCGGCAGAGCCUUAUAUGCAAGUGCUGUGGUCUCCAAGUGCUCCGGGUGUAUAUGCAGCAGCAACACCAAUGCAGAUAUCUGUCUCUUCUCUGUUUACUGCUCCUCUAGUUGAGGCUUCAGCAGCAGCAGCAGCAGGAGAGCGGUACUACCCACAAGAAGACGGCAGACUCAUGGGCCCCUGCAGCAGCAGCUGUAUCCCGUCCUGGCUUAAGAUGCCGCGAGCGAUGGAUUGCAGCUCGGACGGUCGUUUGGCCUUUGGUUCUUCUACCUCUCCUUCUGCUGUUGUGCUCUCUGCUUUGCAAUUAAGAAGCGAGGAGACAGCAGAGGAGGCAGGAGCUGAAGGUGCAGCAGCAGCAGCUACGCAGGCUGCAGCACUUGCUGCGCAGGUGCAGCAGCUAGACGGCCUCAUUCGCCAGCAACGCUGGGUGGAUAUCUGCAACCUCCAGCUGCAGCAACAGCAGCAGCAGCAGCAGCAGGAUCAGCAGGAGGAAGCAGAAGUGUGGUCGGCUCUCCUUAGCGCCCUGCACGGGCGUACUCCCUCUCUAGGAGGCAGCAGCAGAGAAGAGCUGCAGCAGAAGCUUGAGGCCUUACUGGGGCGCCCGCUGCCUUCGGUGGUGGAGCAGCAGCGGCAGCAGCAGAUCGCAAUGCAGCAGCAGCAGGAGCAGCAGCAGAUGCAGCAGCAGGCCAUGUACAACUACGCCGUGCAGCAGCAGCAGCAGCAGCAACGGCAGCAGCAAGGGUAUAUGGACGGAGUGGGGGCCUAUCCGGGCUACCCAAUGACCAACGGCACCUCAGCGCAUCCGCAGCAGCAGCAGCAGCAGCUGCAGCAGCAGCAGGGCGCCGCCUUGUCUGCUGUAGACCCCGAGAAGUUUUUCUCACAACUUGGAGGGGCGGAAGAAAGAGAGGCAUCUAAGGAGCAGCAGCAGCAGCAGCAGGAGCAGCAGGAUGAAGCGGCUGAGAAGGCGGCUUGGGCGGAGGCUGCGGAGCAACAACAGCAGCAGCAGCAGCAAGAGCUGCUGCAGCAGCAAGAGCAGGCAGCGAAGGAGGCCCUCAGCAAGAAGAAGGGGUCCUCUCAACUUGGUGAUAUUGACUGGACUGCUGCUCCUUUCCAGUUGCUUCGUGAGUGCCUCCUUAGCGGUUGUGUAGAGGGGGCGGUUGAGGUGCUGAAGGAGGUAGGCAGCCUUGGCGACGCGCUGCUGCUGGCAGGAGCAGCAGCAGCAGCAGCACCAGCGUCGCAGCAGCAGCAGCAGCAGCAGCGCACCAACGGCGGCUGUCUUUCAGAAGCAGCAGAAGGGCAGGGCCCAGCAAUUUGGCGUGCAGUUGCUGAGGUGUACGUACACAACAUGAAGGAUGAAUUCUUUAAGCUGUUUGGGUAUGCGGUGCUGGACUGUCUAGACAGCUUAGUUUCGAGCCUCCCCCUUACAGCUUGGAGAGAUGGUCUUCGGCUGCUCUGUAGCUAUGCAACAAACAAGGAGACGUAUUACCGCCUCACCAGGCAGCUGGGGGAGCGUCUAUGCCGGGCAGGAGACUUGAAGGGGGCCCUCUUUUGCUUCAUUGCAGCGCGAGAUUUUCCUUCUGCCUGCAGCAUUUGGCUGCAGCAGCUGCAGCAGGGCACCUGUGCGCAGCGCAGCAGCAGCAGCAGCAGCAGCAGCAGCAACGGCCACUUUGGUCAGCAACUCCUCAACACCCUACAGAAGAUGCUCGUAUUUAAAGCUGCAGCAGACUUCCAGGGGCGCUGUGUUGCCUUUGAAAGGGUUGCACUUGCGUACGCUGAGGAGGCGAGCAACCUAUCUUGUGCUGCUUGCGCAAUGCUGGUGUUGCGGCUGUACUUGGGUGUUGGAAGCAGCAGCAGCAGCAGCGCAGCAGCAGCAGCAGCAGCAGCAGCGGGAGGGCAGCAGCAGCUGGAAGCCUCUUUGCAUGCAGCUGCCUUCGAAAUGGCUAUGCGCCUGUACUACAACAACCCCACCGCAAUGCAGCAAGCUGGCUUCACUCCUCCUCAGAUGCCUGCUAAGGGUGCAAGGAUAAGAGGGGCCCUGCAGCAGCAGCAGCAGCUGCAGCAGCAACAACAGCAGCAACGGCAGCAGCAGCAGCGGCAGCCAAUGAGGCCGAUGCUGCCGGGUCAGCAACCGCCGCCGCCGCAGCAGCAGCAACCGUCCUUCCAGCAGCAGCAGCAGCAGCAGCAGCAGAGAUUCCCUUCGGCGUUUCCUCCCCAGCAGCAGCAGCAGCAGCUGCAGCAGCAGCAGCGACAGCAACAGCAGUUUGGAGCGCUGCAGCCGCCUCGGCAGCUAUCUGCUUCUGGAGCCCCCCUCCCCCCCAGUGGUGCUGCUUCCCUUCAGGGGGGCCCCUCUAGUUUAAAGGGGGGCCCCCAGGGGGCCCUCUCUAAUGGUCCACCGCUGCCGCCGCAGCAGCAACAGCACCUGCAGCAGCAGCAACAGCAGCAGCAGCAGCAGAGGGGCGCCUUCCCUCAUAAUUCUGUCUCCGAGGGGCCCUCAGGUCUUCUUAACUCCCAGUCACCCUUCAUGCGCCCAGGGGGUUCAGCACCACCACCACCACCUGCUGCUGCUGCUGCUGCUGCAGGGGGCAGCAGCGGCAGCAUCUUGCGUCCUGGUGGCUCCCCUCCUGCUGCUCCUCCUCCUGCUGCUGCUCCUUACGGAUCCCUUCAAGCAGCAGCAAACCCUUCUGCUGCGCCUCUAUCAUCAGGGCCCCCCCCACCUAAUACCUUCUCCAGUCUUGGGGGCCCCUCACCUCCUAAUAAUAGUAUGGGGGCCCCCCCUAUGCCUAAUACUGCUGGGGGGGGCCCCCUUGGAGGCCCCCCAGUACCCUGUCCCCCAGGGGGCCCCCAGGGGGGCCCCCAGGGUACCUCCCCUUCAGGGGGGCCCCCAGGGGGCCCCUCUGUUGGGGAGAGCCCCGCAUGUCCCCCCCCUUAUAGCGCACCAACCGUUGGAGCGCAGCCUGUUAAGAGAGGAAUGCCUGUACCUUGGCCUAUACCUACAGCAGCACAACUGGCCUAUGUGCAGAACGUAUUGAAUUCGUUGGUACAGCAGCAGCAGGGCCCCACAGCGCAGGAUCUCUCUAGCAAAGUGAACGACCUCCUCGUCAAGCAACGGAGACACCGUGCAGGCCCAGCGCAUGCAUGCAGAACUCUCAGCAACAGAAUGGCACGCCUCCAACAGACCCUGGUUGAUGGGCCUCAAGCGUUUAAUACCAAAGCCAUAGAAACGGCUGCAGCAGCAGCAGCAGCAGUAGCUGCUCCUGCAGCAGGAGCUGCAGCAUUAGCAGCAGUAGCUCCAGCAGGAGCUGCAGCAUUAGCAGCAUAUACCUAUCAGCAGCAGCAGCAACAGCAGCAGCAGCAACUAUUAGAGCAUAUUGAGUUGGCAUCUUUGGAUUCUUCAUGCAGCAGCAGUAGCAGCAGCAGCAGCAGCAUGCCGCUGCAAGGGGCCCCCAAUGCGUCGCCUACAAAGAGGCUGAGGCAGCAGCAGCAGCAACAACAACAACAGCAGCAGCAGCAUCUACAGAAGCAGCAACAGCAGCAGCAGCAGCAGGCCAUGCACACACCCCUCCGCGCAUCUGCCCGGAGGCCCCUUCGACGCACAGCCAUCCCGCCUCGUCCCCCUAGAGUAGCAGCAGCAACAGCAGCAGCAGCGGCAACAGCAACAGCAGCAGCAGGGAGCACGGGCUCCAGGGCUGCAGCUGAGAGAUGCCGCGUGAUACCCGAGGAGACAGGAGAGAGAAGGAGAAGAGUAUUAACCCCAACAACCCCUCGCAGCACUAGACAGCAGCUGCAGCAGCAGCAGCAGGCAAAGCAGCAGCAGCAGCAGCAGCAGCAGCGUCAGCUGCAUGUAGCAGCAGGAAAGAGCAGCGGCAGAGGGGCCCCUCUAGGGGCCCCCUUGGGAGGCCCCCAACACUUGGGGGCCCCACAGGCGGCAAAGCAUCGGCAGCCGCUGCUGCAGCAGCAAGAUCAGAAGGUGGAUGCUGCAGAAGAAUUACCCGUAGCAGCAGCAGCAACAGCAGCAGCAGCAGCAAUAGCAACAGCAGCAACAACAACAGCAGAUGUCGCAGCCGAGGGAUAUCUCGUGUCUUCCCCUCCAUCUCCGCUACUUAGUGAGGAUGCAGACAGACCUACAGAUGCAGCAGCAGCAGCAGCAACAGCAGCAACAGCAGCAGCACAGCCCCCCGUUGCUGAGGAAGAGACACUCGCUGACUGUCUCCUCGGUGCUUGUGGGGACCCGCUGAGGGAUCUUCAUCCCGCAGCAGCAGCAGCAAUGCCAGCAGCAGCAAAAAUGACCAGCAGCAGCGCCACCACCACCAGCAUAAACAGCAGCAGCAGCAACAGCAGCAGCAGCAGCAGCAGCAACAGCAGCAGCAACAGCAGCAGCAACAGCAGCAGCAGCAGCAACAGCAGCAGCAGCAGCAGCAGCAGUUCUUGCGCUGGGGUUGCUAGUUGUAUCGCAAAUCUUGAGGACCUCCACACUGGCUUGACCCCCCGUCCCUCUCAGCAGCAGCAGCAGCAGCAGCAGCAGUAUGCUCUUCCUGCAGCGCCUAAGUGGUGGGGGGCCCCCGAGGGGGCCCCUUGGGGCCCUUCAAACAGCAGAGCGUGCGGCUGCGCUGCUUCUCGCUGCUGCAGCAGCUGCUGGACCGACUGUAUGCAGCAGCAUUGGGGGUUUACGAGCAGCACAGGGCGGCACUCUACCACUUCAGUGUGCAGCAGCAGCUCUCUCGCCAGCCUUGCUGCUGCUCCAGCAGCAACAGCAACAGCAGCAGGAGCUGCUGCUGCUGCUGGGCAGAAGCGAGUACUGGAGCAGGUCUCUCUCAUACUCCGCAGCAACACAUCCCUCGCUGCAGCAUCAGCAGCACUGCAGCAGAAGAGCAAGCGCUGUGUUGCUGCAGCAGCAGCUGCUGCUGCUGCUGCAGGGGCAACCCCACAGAAAACCAAGGCCCCCCCGAGAGGGAGGCCCCUCGCCUCCAGCUGCAGCAAAAGCAACAGCAGCAGCAGCAGCAGCACAUGCAAAACGAGAAGACAGCCAAGCAGCAGCAGCAGGGGGGCCUCCCUAGCUACGCCAACAAAGAGAAGCAGAGUGGGUGUCUCCUGCAGCAGCCGCAGCUGCAGCAUCAGGAGCUCUCGUGCAAGAGCGAAGACCGCAGCAGCAGCAGCAGAAGCAGCAGCAGCAGACGCAGCAGCAGCAGCAAUCCGCAGCGCAAGCGCCUCAGCCAGCAAACAGCGACGCCUGCAACUGCAGCAGCAACAGCAGCAACACGCAGAACUUGAACGUUUGCUGCUGGACCUGCAGCAAGAAGAAACUAGAAACUGGUGGUGUGACGAAGAAGAUCCAGAGCUCGCAGCAAUUCCCCCAGAGGAAGCAGCUGGGCUCAGCCUCCCGCUGCUGUCUUCACUUUAG